AUGGCAGACUUGAAUGGGGGAUCGACUAGCUCACCAAAGAGGAAACUCAUUAUAAAUGCGUUUGUGGAGUCUUGCAGUGGCCAUCAAUCUCCCGGGCUGUGGCAACACCCAGAGGAUAAAUCGUCAAACUUCAACAAUGUGUCCCAUUGGGUUGAACUCGCGAAGCUCCUCGAAAAGGGCAAGUUCCAUGGUAUAUUCAUAGCCGACGUAUUGGGAUCCUACGACGUAUACAAAGGUCCAAAGAAUCCCGACCCUGCGGUCGUGUCCGGAGCUCAAUGGCCUGUUAAUGAGCCAAUCGCGGUUGUUCCUGCCAUGGCAGCGGCAACAAAAAACAUUGGCUUUGGGGUAACCGUAGCUACUACCUAUGAACAACCCUAUCACCUGGCCAGGCGCUUAAGCACAGUUGAUCAUCUCACUGGUGGACGCCUGGGAUGGAACAUUGUGACCGGCUACCUCGAUUCUGCGGCUCGAAACCUAGGAUUCACGGAACAGCCGCCGCAUGAUGAGCGAUACGCCAUAGCAGAAGAAUAUGUCGAUGUAACCUAUAAACUCUGGCAAGCCUCAUGGCGGGACGAUGCAGUGAAGCUCGACCCCAAAACCAGAGUAUACACUGAUCCAUCACUGGUCCGAACAAUCAACCAUGCGGGCAAAUACUUCACCGUACCGGGACCGCAUAUCUGCCAGCCAUCGCCUCAGCGGACGCCCUUGAUCCUGCAGGCAGGAACGUCAAGUGCUGGCAAGGCCUUUGCUGCCAAGAAUGCAGAAGCAAUAUUCGUUGCCGGCCACAGCCCUUCGACAAUCGCCAAGAACAUUGCGGAUAUUCGACAGCAGGCUCAGACGCAGUUCAACCGUGACCCCAGCUCCAUUAAAUUCUUGACACUGUUCUGUCCGGUGCUCGGAAAGACGCAAGAAGAGGCUGAAGCCAAGUACCGUGAGUAUCUGAGCUACGGCUCAGAGGACGGUGCGUUGGCGCUCUUUGGCGGCUGGACUGGAAUUGACCUCGCCAAAUAUGGAGAUGACGAGGAGCUGCGACAUGUCGAGUCGAAUGCUAUUCGCUCGGCGGUCGACGCAUGGUCCAAAUCAACGCCAGAAGUUCCCAAAUGGACCAAGCACACCGUUGCAAAUCACAUCAAAAUAGGCGGACUCGGUGCCACGGUAGUUGGCACACCCGACAAGGUUGCAGACGAGAUGGAGAGAUGGGUGGCUGAAGCCGACGUAGACGGAUUUAACUUGGCUUAUGCCAUUCUUCCGGGGUCAUUUGAAGAUGUAAUUGAGCUUCUCCUGCCGGUUCUGCGUCAACGGGGCUUAUUUUGGGAUGACUACGCAGUGGAGGGAGGCACUUACCGAGAGAAUCUGUACGGGAAGCCUGGACAAAAGAUUCCCAGGGAGGAUCAUCCGGCUAGCAAGUACCACUGGAAAUCCGGGCAUCAGCCGGCUCUUAUAUCGCAAAACUAG